AUGCAUCGGUCAAUCACCGAACGACUGGUUGCAAAGGCAGAAUCAAAGGUAAUUCCUCUGGUCUAUGCCGAAGGGCAGUUAUUUCCAACAAUAUUUUGGUACAGUUUAGAUGACGGCUCUAUCCCUGGUGCCAUGCCAACAGCACUAUGGGCAAACAAGCAGACGUUGAAAAAGCUUGGCAUUGGGAGUAUGAGAGACCAUGCCAAGAUGAGAGUUUCUAAUCCUGCAAUGCCAACAUCCGUUGAUCCUGCUUAUCAUUUUAUGUUACUCGAUCAACUAACAAACCUAGGAGCAAAUGGGAAACACACUCGCUUGGUAUUACAAAGAGGCUUUUGUGACCACCAGCAAAAAGACGGUGUGAGUUUUCGAGACAGAAGCGACUCUGCAGAACUUUACGGCGACACAUCAGAAAAUCAUGCCAAUGUUCAUAAGUUGGCAGCACUUGUCGAAGAAAGGAGGCCCCAUUACUUCUUCACUCAGACCUGUAACCAGAAAACAUGCAGUGGCUUGCGUGUGGUGAGGGAAUGGCUCAUCUCAAAGGAAGCAGUAAUGUUGAUCUGCGCAAAAUAUGGAUUGGACAUGGAUGAAGCAUCACAAUAUUUGAGAGAAUCUGCUGCAUCGUAUGUAUCCCGCAGUUGGAACGAAGUUGCAGAUAUGUGGAUGCGAUAUAUCAUCUACUCUCCAGAACAGCCUUUGGGUCCAAUAGACUAUGCAUGGUACCGGAAAGAGUUCCAAGAUACUCAAGGUAACUUGGCGCAUAUUCACUCCAUUCUUCGAACAUCCUACAAUGUCGAUAAUCCAAAUGAGUUGGAACUUGUGCUCAACAAAAUCAGAGGGUGUGUCAAUGAACUCAUCCAUUACCAGGAGUAUUUAGAAAUGAAAGGGAAGGGGCUGAUUUCCUCUCUAGAUCAUUUCAUUGAUAUUCUCGACCAGGCAAAAUCUUAUUUGACACACAGCUGUAACACAAGAUGCCAGAUUCCACGCACAAGAACACAAACUGGGGAAACUUACUUUGUUUGCAAGGCGCAAGACAAUUACUACAAGACUCUGACACCGUAUAGGCACACUAUUGAACCUGUCAAAGUCUCCCACACAAGAGACGCCAUUAAGAUUUACAACAACCUUGGGAUGAUGGACGGGGAUCUUGUACUUGAUGACUGCCUACUGUCAGAGUUCCAUGUUCCGAUAUGCUCCAUUGACAAUAAAAAGUUUUCUCCUACCAACGGAAACCUAUUUGCUUGCUUUCCAAGUUCGCAGAACAUCCAAUAUACAACAGGACACAUGAUAGGCGCUUAUUUGGUGAAAUAUGUGACAAAGAUGGAUGAUGUUGCAAGGGUUGAGUUGAAACCACAAGCAAAGUUUGAUAAGACCCGUGCUAGAGGAGUAAUUGAAGAGCUUCACAACACAAAAAUCACUUCAAAUAAAAUCCAUGCUAGUCAAACUAGAAAGAAGAAUUCGAAUUAUGGGAGACUUGUAACUCAGACGGAAUGUCUCUCUGUUAUUCUUGGUGAAGACCUUGUAACAUCGUCGGUUCCCUUUGUCCAUUUUUCAACAUCACCCCGAGAAUACCGCCCUGCACUUUUCAAGAGAGGGCAAUGCAAUGUGGACAAUGUUCCGGAUCAUGUCGCUUACCUCACAAACAUCAAUCAAGAAAUCAGACAAGAUCGGAACUUUCCGCAGAAUCGCCUGUUUUCUUCCAAUCAAAUGAAAGUGAUUUUUGACGAAAGAUCUUCAUCCCUCACAGUUGACGCUGUCACUGUUUUCAGUAUUCGCCCCCCGGAGCUACGUUUUGUCAACAGCGUUCGGUUAUUUUUUCGGUGGUUUAAAAGGCAGUCUCUUCACCAUGACGAAGACACAUUGACACAAGGGCUACAAAAAAGACUGAGAUUAGAUGUGAUGAAAUGCUACUGGAUUGACGGCCUGAACAUGCACAUUGUCUUGCGGAGGGGUGCAUUGUCAGAAAUACUUGAUUAUACAAGAGAAUGUGACAGUGACUACUUUGGUGGUGCACGUCAGCGCCACAAAAUGAUUACUUUACUCACGCAAAUUGAGAGACUACAGAACCAGUUUGAAUUCAGUGCCAUGAAUGUUGACGAGGAUGAACUAGGGGCCCGCCGCACAACACGAGAAAGCUCAAGAAACCAAUACAACACAAUAUCGAAAUCAUUUUUAUCGUCUGAUAUAUCUACGGUGCUUCCUACUCCAUGGACCACACCUGUGUUUCCAAAGAACAGAGGUCGGUUUUUGGUGUUCAUCCUCCUUUUGUUUGGUCGUUUUGAAACUGAAUACGGCUUGAUGGAUCAAGACAACAUGAAGAAAGCCUACAUUCAUGCAGGGUUAUUUACUUCCUCUGAUGACACUGAAGUGAAAAAUGAAUCAGUCAGAUCCUUGUUGAGCCAAUACGUUCGUAAAUGCCUAUGUUGGCAGUCUGGAUCUGUAUACAAUCGCGACAGAAAUCUUGUUCUUGCCAACGCCGCCUUUUCCGAAUGUCUGCUGGGGGCUGAAGAUGAAUUGGUCAUGGGCACUCCAUGUGUGUUGCAGUCGGCAAUGAGACAAGAAACUACCAAAAAGAUCAAUUCCGAAAAGCGCAAAUUACUGGCUGCUUUCCUCCGCGCUUUGUAUAGCGAUUUGCUGAACGCCGGUUUCACAAACGCAAACCUUCCAAACAGAGACAAUAUGGAGACAAUGCAUUCCCUCACAGCUCCAUUGCGCGACGAUGGCAUUAAUGUAGAAAGCAUUGGUGUUGUAGACUACGUCUUCCCUCCAGAAUUUGCGAUCCACGGAGUACAAAGCUUUGCUUCAUACACGGAACAAAAGAAGGUUUUACAAUCAGCAAAACAUACAAUUGAUCGUUACAUGCGCGGCGUAUCUCACAAAAACGUUGUCAUAUGCGGAGGUCCGGGCAAUGGUAAAACGACAGUGUGUCAAGAAAUAUGCCUUUACGCAAUGUCCAGAGGAUUGAAGGGAAUAGCAACAAGCAUCGUUGCUGAUAGAAGUAAGGCACUUGGUGGGAUGCACAUCCACCUUCGAUGCGCAAUACCUAUAAGCGAUCGCCGAAACAUGUCUCCUGGUCGUACCGCGGAAGCUGCCCUUAUUAGCAUGUACCGAAGACCAGAGUUGCUGCACUUUUGGCGAGAACUUCAAUUCCUGUAUAUUGAUGAGUUUGGAGCAGUCAGUGCUGAGUUGUUAGCAACCAUGGACAUCAUUGCAAGGAAUGUGAAAGAUUCCAGCAGAUUCCUUGGUGGCAUUCUUGUGAUCUGUUCAAUGGAUAUUCAUCAGCUAAUGCCAAUUGAUGGCACGGCAUUGAUGCUGUCAAUGAAUAUGAUGACAGAAUUCCAUUUUACCGAACUAACAGAAUCCGUCCGAGCUGCCCGAGACGCAAAUCUUCGCAGACUGUGUCGGCUCACUCGCAUUUCUGAGUGGGAUGACAAUCUGAGGAAUGAAUUCAGAGAAAUUGUGACCAAAAAUUGUAACUUUGUUUCCACAUUCGAUGAUGUGCGAAUACCCGAAGAUGGAAUAUACGUUUUUGGCCGUAGAGCGCCUUGCGAAUCUAUUGAAAAUGUGCUGGUUAAGCGUAUGGAGAAUGAACCUACAAUUACCUUGGUUAUGUCGCCUUCUGAAGACGAAGAAUCUUCCGUAGCAGGUAACUGGAAAAUUGCUUCUUCUCCUGUUGCACAGGAAUUAUCAAGAAAGCUGAAACAGAAGAAAAAACUAUAUCUGUACAAGAAAGGAAGGUACGAAUUUACUCAUAAUCUGCAUGGGUCCUACCAGCAAGGCCAGCUUGCAAUACUACUUGACGUUGACGAAGGCGAUGUUGAUGCAAAACGAAACAUUGAACUGUACAAGGGUCCGCCAGGUUGUAAGGAGUUCCCACUCCUUGCAAACUUCAACCGAGAGUAUUUGAAGCUCCACGGCUGGGAACCAGUUGCAGUUCCAUUUCAAAUGUCAAAACCAAAAAGGAUUUGGGGUCGCAUUGUUGCUAGGAGAGCACAAUAUGGUAUCAGGUUGCGGAUAGCCUCUACCAUUCAUGCAAGCCAAGGAGCUACUUUUGGCAAGCUUGUAACCGCAGUUUGCAACAACGCUCUAUACAGCGAUUUGAAUUUUGCAUUAUGGGAUGCCGCUCAAGUGGUAGUUCUUCUAUCAAGAACAAGACACUGUUCCGAUGUCUUCUUUGUAGGAAGACCAGACGAAGUUGUUGCUCAUCUUCUGUCUGUCCUGGAGAUGACAUCAAAGUACAUGGCUCACAUUACUUCCAUAACGCAGCGCCUCUGCUCUCGUGAUGACGCCUCUUCCAUCAUACCAGGGUCACCACUUUUCCGACCAUGUGACAUUAUUCUCGACUGUAUACCUGCCGUAUAUCUUCUGGUUUCCACGAGGAGCUAUGGAUACCUUUAUAUAGGAGAGACCGUGGAUGUCCGAAGAAGACUAAAUGAUCAUAACUCGGGCCAGGGUAGUGAUUUUACAAAUAAUGAAAGACUGCUACCAUGGGUUCUUUUCGGUUAUGUUCAUGGUUUUGUUUCCUGCGAUAAUCGCCGAAACUUUGAACAGCGGUGGAAGCGACUAGGAAUGGCUCGACGGAAUGCAGCUACAUGUUCUCCUGUUGGAAUGUUAAGAAUCGCUCAAGAGAUAACUGCAACCAUGAAUAGAUACAGGUCGCUACGAAACCAACUACAGGUCCAGCAAUGUGGUUCUUAUGAACUCAAAAUCCGUGAUUCCUUCAGAAUUAUGGAACACACAUAA